CAUGAUUUAACAUGCUACCUCAAAUUGCUUCACCAAGGAGAGCGCUUGCGGGAUGUGUCGCUUCAAAGCACGGCCGCCACAACCACGAGAGCCGUGGCCAAGUUUAGCGUUCACUCUGCUUUAUGCACCGUCGCGCCAACAACCCAUCAUGCUGGACCCUCUCGUGCCGCGUGUCCAUGACCUUCUCGGGCUCAUCCAACGCCACGUCGAGCUGAUUGUCACGACCUCGUCACCAGCUCAACUCCGGGACUGGUUAGUCGUCUCGUUGGAUCUGUUGGCUCGGCUACAGGCCACCCAAGUGGACCAUCCCGAGUUCCUAGUUGUCCUCAAGGAAACCCAAGUCCUCGAAGCGGAGAUCGUGAACGCAGUGCUUGCUUUACACCGCCACAACUUCCACUCGAACGUUGCUACAGUCAGCUAUGUUCAAUAGUGGCAAACGUGGCCUCCGACCUGCCGCGCCUGUGUUCUUGAACUGUAUCGCAAGCGGCGUCCCUGAAAUAUCCACCAAGUGCGCAGUUCACUGCUGCACUGAAAACGCCAUCUUUGCCAUAUGAAUUAGUACAUUGGUGGGGAUAGUUUCGUUGCCCAACUGUCCAAGGUCCAUUCGAUCGGUCUGC